AUGGCAGACAAUCUUACAGAUAUGAAGGCAAUUCUGGAGAAAGUGGGAGUAAAAUUUGAAAGGAAUCCUUCAGAAGCAAGGUUGUUAGAGCUCGGUGUUUCAUCGUGGCCCAUAUAUGAAGCAGAGGCCGGCGAGAAGAUCCCAGUGUGCUUUGAAAUGAAUGAGAUAAUGUAUUUUCUGGAGGGUAAAGUGACUAUUACAUGUGAAGGGUUGGAUGGAAGCUUCGAGAUUGUGGCUGGUAAUCUGAUUGAGUUUCUAAAAGGAAUGAAUAUCACUUGGCAUGUUACCGAAGCUGUCAAGAAACGCUAUCACAAUGAGUAA